AUGAGUUUUCCAGAAUUUCCUGGUGCAUUACCGGUAUUGGAAGUGGAUGGAAUGAAGCUCUGUGGGCAAACAGCCAUCUGCCGCCAGUUAGCAUGGAGGUUUGUUAGUGAACUGUGCCAAAAAAUAGGACUAUCGGGGAAAACCGUGACAGAAGACUCGACGCUUGAUAUGUUUGCUGAUCUGCUGCUCGAAGCCCGUGUGGUAUUGUUUGGAUCCAGUGAUGAUCAGAACGACUGCAAUGCGAAUGUCCGGUUUUUUUUCAGUUCAAAAAAAAAAGUUUUGACUUGCAGUUGGAUUUCCAAAUUGUCUAGAAAAGGAAAAAAAAAGACUGACUAAUA